GAUUCGCUCGCAAGAGAUCGUGGAGCCUCUGCGCAUGCUAGCGCACAACGUCCUCGCCCGCUUCACGGUUGCAGGGCUCUGCCAUCCGCGACCCGCCCAACGUGAGAGAGCCCUCGGCGUCCUCGACGCCCGCGCCCUCGGCGUCCUCGACGCCCGCGCCCUCGCCAAAGUCGCCCUCGCGGGCCCGGUCGCGCUCUGCC